AACGUAUCACCUGAUGAAAAGAAGAUGACGGAAAACACUGAAGCACUGGCAGGCGCAGGCUCCCAUGCAUAUGGGAUUCUAGCUAAUAUUCCUGCAGAUUUUCAUUCAGCAGACUUACGAAAUUAUUUUUCACAGUUCAUAGAAUCAAACGGAUUCAGCUGUUUUCAUUUCAGACAUCGCCCGGAGACAAAACAACGAGAAAAGGACGACCCGUCGUCGUACACAAGCCCCAGCGGAAAGUCGUCUGAUUUCUACCCGAAACUUGGGCAGCUCGAACAAUCAACUUCCGCUACUUUCUCCGCUGGAGUUGAAGAUGUUCAGGUCCAGGCGAACAACGUGCGAAAAACUUUUUGCUGCGUCUUGAAACUGGAAGAGCACAAAAUGUCGAAAUUUAUUAGGAUGUACCACAAGAAACCUUGGAUUGACAAGAAAGGUGCAAUUAUGUCAAGCAGAUGUUUCAUAUCAAGAAUAAAAGUUGCUGAAGCUGACGGUGACAAAACCACAGAGUCAGGGGAGGCAAAAGAAUACACAACACGGGGAGACAGCAAGCUCAUUCCACCAGAAAGGGAGAUAUUCACUGAAUCUCAUCUGGGAAACCUGGUAGAGCUGAACCCACCAGACCUGAUGCCUAAUGGCAAUGUUGGCACACCCACCGCUGUGUUUCUUGAGUACAUCAGAACAUGUCGCCUCCCCCCAAAGGUUAUUCAAAGACUUGGUCUCACUUUCUCAAAGAGCAGGUCCAACAAGAGAUAUGGAAAUGUUCCAUUUGCAUAUGGGGGUGAAAUUGUCGACGGGGUGGGUGAAAAUGAGGAAAUUGCCAUGACAGCAUCAGGUCAAGAGAUCAAGGAUAAUGUUGAAGUCACCAGGGUUUCAGCAGAUUCCAAAGACUAUUCUAGGAAGGCAGGAAGAAAGAAAGAUCGGAAGAAAAGAACUGGUAACGAAAACGAAGAGAGAAAUGUUUCUGAUUCAGAUGAGGAUGAUGAUGAUGAUACCUGUGAGGAAUGGGAAAGACAUGAAUCUCUUCAUGAGGACAUCACAUCCCAGGAACGAACCAAAGAGAGGCUAUUUGAAGAAGAGAUAGAGCUUAAGUGGGAGAAAGGUGGAAGCGGUCUUGUCUUCUACACUGAUGCUGCAUUCUGGGAUGCUCAAGAAGGAGAUUUUGAUGAGAAAACUUCAGAUGACUGGGAUGUUGAUAUGAGUAUUUACUAUGAUGAACAUGGAGGAGACAAAGAUGCAAAAGAUUCCUUAGAUAUGAGGAGGAUGGAGAGGAUGAAAAGAGGCUUAGAGGAUACAAGUGUCUUUGAGAAACCCAUUGGCCAGUUUGAGAAACACACCAAGGGUAUUGGAAGGAGAGUACUUCAGAAGCAAGGCUGGUCAGAAGGAGAAGGUCUUGGCAAGACAGUUGUUGGCAUGGCGGAUGCACUAGAUAACACUGGACAACACUCUAGAGACAAGACAGGAUUUGGGUAUCAUGGAGAAAAAUUGCAACCAACCCGUAGUCAUGUGUCCACUGCAAAGAGACAACGUAGGGCUGAUAAAGAGGUGAUUAUAUCCACCAUCUAUGAUAACCCCUCUGUAACUGAUCCGGCAGAACCACUGAUGAGAUCCAGAGGACCAUAUCAUCUUAAGUAUCGUCAUGAGGUUGAAUUUGUCAAAGGAGAUCGCAGGUGACCAAAAUUGAGAUGCACUGCAGGUCUCAAGAUUAUUGCAGUGCAGAUAACAACAGAGACAGUCUUUAGCAGACCCAACUGGUCUGCAACUGGCUUGCGACUGAGUGAGGGGAGAUGAAUCGCAAGGCAUUCAUUAGCCUGGA